UAAAAAAAAAAAAUUGUGUCUGAGAUGAAAUACUUUGAGAUGAGGUUAAAAUAUAUGAAAAUUGUGAGUGUUGAAGGUCACAUCAGUCAGCUGGUGGUCACACCUGCUUCCUUCACUCUUAUUACUGGUUUCACUAUGGCAUUGAGUCAGAAGAUUGGACAGUCUCUUCGACAUGUGAGGAGCCGUUUCCUGCAAACGUCAUGUGGACUAAGCAAACAAAUUAAUUAUGCAGAAGAUAUUGAUCCACAGCAGUUUGCACUUCUUGAUGAACCAUGCAUCUUAGUUGAUGAAAAUGACACAAAUAUAGGCUCAGCUUCAAAACGUGACUGUCAUUUGAUGCAGGAUGGAUCAAGCCUUCUUCAUCGGGCUUUUAGUGUCUUCUUGUUUAAUUCUUCCGGUGAACUUCUGGUGCAUCGUCGUUCAGAUGCCAAGAUCACAUUUCCAGGUCAUUAUACAAAUACCUGCUGUUCCCACCCACUCCACAUCCCUCGAGAAACUAUUGAAGAAAAUGCCUGGGGCAUCAGAAAUGCUGCUCAGAGACGCCUAGAAUUUGAGCUAGGAAUCCCACCAGAUCAGGCCAAGCCAGAAGCCUUUACAUACCUUACUAGGAUUCAUUAUGCAAGUCCAUCAGAUGGAAUGUGGGGAGAACAUGAGAUGGACUACAUUUUAUUUCUAAAAGGAGAUGUAUCACUUCAUCCAAAUGAGAACGAGGUGCAAGAUGUGAGAUAUGUGAAGCGAGAGAACUUUGAUAACUUUUUAUGUGGACUUCGGGAAAGUAGGAUUCCCCUUACUCCAUGGUUCCACCUUAUUGCACAAAAGUUUCUACACUGUGGGAAGAACUUGGACAACCUCGACAAGUAUACAGAUCAUCACCAAAUACAUCGUAUGUUAGAUUAAGUUUUUAUUAAUUGGUCAUACAUUAUAUGAAUCACUGCAAUUAAAACAUUGAUCACUAAAUCAAAAAAAGUUUGGUAAAUGUUUUUCUAGUGCCUUACUAAAGUAAAUUUAUUCACAUUGAAAGUCAUACCAUACUGUUGUAUGUGUAAAGCUGAAGCUUAUUACCCAGUAUAUUCACAAAAGUGUGAAUAUACUGCAUUCAACAGUUGCACUUUGGAAGGAUCACAGAUCCUUGUUGUGAAAUUAUUAUAUUUAUGAGGAAGUGCUAAAACCUAUAAGGACCAUACAGCACCUAUGUACAGUAAGUACUAUCAUAAUUUCUUGUGGGAAUGCAUGCUGUAUGACCCUUGAUUGUAAUAAUAAUAAUUGUGGGAAUGCUGACAGCAAUGUUGUUCCUGUUUAGUGACCAACACUGUUUUGCAUCAAUCCACAUUUGGGCUUGUAGCUGUCCUCUUAUCCCUGAUGGUUGUAGGGAAGUACAGUGGAACCUCAAAUAUCAAACUGCUCCCAACUCAACCAGUUAAGUAAGUGUAUUUUUGUAAAUGCUGUUUUUUUUUUUUUUCCAACAAGUCGGCCGUCUCCCACCGAGGCAGGGUGACCCAAAAAAGAAAGAAAAUCCCCAAAAAGAAAAUACUUUCAUCAUCAUUCAACACUUUCACCACACUCGCACAUUAUCACUGUUUUUGCAGAGGUGCUCAGAAUACAACAGUCUAGAAGCAUACACAUAUAAAGAUACACAACAUAUCCCUCCAAACUGCCAAUAUCCCAAAACCCCUCCUUUAAAGUGCAGGCAUUGUACUUCCCAUUUCCAGGACUCAAG